AUGAACUCGCUUCAACACGACAAGAAGACCUCAAUAAAUAGCCUGCUCAAUCCAGAGGCGUCAAUAUAUCCUCCAGCCCACUAUCCGACUGUUAGCACCAACUCGGUCCCACCUCAUGGCCACCAAGUAUUGAACUACACCGGGGCCCAGUAUACCAAUACACCUUCGACCUAUGGCUUAAGGGCAGCCAACUGGGGGUUGGAAGAAGCAAGCAGAAGAAAAGAGGCUGAGCAGGUUCAAGCGGGCCAUCACCGUCGUUCGAGUCACUCUUCAGACAUUGUCCCACCCGGGCACAUGGGAACUAAUAGUCAUGAUUCGAGAAUGGUCAGGCCCCAGAUCGAUCGCGCCCCAGCCAGGCUUGAAACUGUGCCCCAACAGUCACAACAGUGGCAAGGUUCGCCAGAACCCAUGGGAGGGAUCUCUUACGACGCUCCCCAUACCGGACGCGCCUAUCCUGAAAAUCGCGGGGCUUUACAAGACGGGUUCCAGACGCAAAGUCAGUCUGAUGUCGCUCCCAGUGCAGACGCUCGUCUGACUAAAUCUAACACCAAUUCUAACCAAAAACGCAAAGACAUGAGCAGCUACAAACCUACCGACUACUCGGUCUCAGCAUGGCAAACAUCUGAACGGGUCUCUGUUCGCUUAGCCGCUCGAGAGCUGAUGCCUGCACCCCAGCCCACAGGUGGGCACUCUCAGCCAUUGCAUCAGUCUCAUCACGCAUCGCACCCUCCAUACCCACCAACAGGGGGGUACAUUUCGCAUAGCUCUAGCCACCAUAUCAGCCACCCGCAGCCGUCUUCCCAGGCACAAUCCCAACAAGAGAAACCCUCUUCGAAACGUCAGCUGCCUGAGAACGAAGCGGACGCAGCAGCACCAAAGGCAAAGCGUCCUGCUAAAUCGAAGCCCAAGUCUGGGUCUGAUGGAGUUCCAGUACCCUCAAAGCGCGGAUUCAACUCCAAGAAGCGAAGCGAAGCAGCUCAGAUUGCCUCUCAGGACGUUUCGGCACAUGCCCUUGCUCUUCCCACUUUUGCACUGGAGAGGGGUCAGCAGCGCACCGCUGACACCCGAUUCUACCUCACGCCUGCUGUAAAGCUUUUCCCCGAACUACAAUUUGCGCGAUGCAUGUCCAAUCGCUACAAGAACCAGGACUUUCCACGCUGUGUCUCGUGCACAAGGCGGUGGGCUGGGGACACCUGUCGGUUCCAAGGCAUUCGCUACCUCCUUAAAGACGAGUCAAAGAACGUCGUUGCGUGCAGCUUUGGGGAUCAAGCUGAAGCUCCCGCCCUACAUUUCCCGGAACAGUGGAAUGUACCUAUCCGGAAGGACCAUAUCAGCAGGUGCAAGAGGGUGAUCGCUAACGCCCUUCUACCUACCCUCAAACAAGAGCGUGAGCAUAUCAAUGCCACUGACUUGAUCAGGAGGACCCGAGAAAGCGAGGUUCGUGUGACCUGCGAUACCUGCAUGACGUCAAUAUUCUCAUCAUCUUGGAUGUGUCGUCUUUGCGGUCGGGAAGCCUGCUCAGACUGCUUUGCUCUGGUGAGGGAGCUCACCGAAGACCGACCUGGCGCGGACCCAGCUGAGAUAGCAGAGAUGCGACGAAGACGGGAGAAAUAUGCGCAUAGCAACCCAUUCUUCUUAUGUUGCACUAGAAGGAACGAGCACGACGCCCAGCAUUUCUCGCCUAUGUCGAGAUUUUGGCUGCAAGAACUCCAGGAAGCCAUCAACGAGAUGGAGCAGUUGCUUCUCCGUGAAAACGCUCCGAUUCCAAUAUCCAGCAUUAGCUCAGGGUUGGCACCUGCUGGUCCGGCGCCGACAGCAGCUAGUCUGAAAGUUGACAGCGAUCCGACUUCAGGUGCCCCGACGGCUGCACUUGUAACUGAGCCUGUCAAUGAAGAUCGACCGUGGACAGAAGUCUAUUUGGCAAACCAGAAAAAAGCCUCGUUCCUUUCUGCACAACUUGCUCCCACCGGCGCCGCGGGACCACAGUAUAUCCCGCCUAACCUAACUCAAGCUACCGCCAUGGUGCCAACCUUGGAACCAUAUCGUUUUACCGACCAGGAGGUCACGGGGGUUGAUUCGGCGUCAAAGUUCGCCAAGAUCUGGGAACAUGGCGAGCCACUCGUUGUCUCGAACAUCCUCAACAAGUUCAAGCUCGAGUGGACCCCGGAAUACUUCAUUCGCGAGUUUGGAGAUCGGGAGUGUCUGAUCACCGAAUGUGAACAGGAUGUCAACAAACGGACAACUAUCAAAGAGUUUUUCUCGAGCUUUGGAAACUAUGCCUCGCGGACGGAGGUCUGGAAGUUGAAGGAUUGGCCACCAUCUGCGGACUUCAAGACGGCCUUCCCCAAGCUCUAUGAAGACUUUGCCAAUGCUGUUCCCGUGCCCGACUACGUCCGUCGGGAUGGUGUCUACAACAUCGGCUCUCAUUUCCCCGCCAACGUGAUUGCUCCAGAUCUCGGGCCUAAGAUGUACAAUGCUUAUGCCGCCAACCAACGACCCGGGGGCAAGGGUUCGACUCGGUUGCAUAUGGACAUGGCGGACGCUAUGAACGUGAUGCUCUUCGCUUCCAACUGCCCUGAUGGUACCCCGGGUUGCGCCGUUUGGGAUAUUUAUCGCGCCUGCGACAGUGACAAGAUACGGACAUUCCUCAGAACGACACACACGCUUCCUCCCAACUAUGACCCCAUUCAUGGGCAACAAUACUAUCUGGAUGAUGACUUGCGGCUGCGGCUGUUCAAAGAGUACGGUGUGAAGAGCUACCGCAUCUAUCAGAGACCUGGGGAAGCGAUAUUCAUUCCUGCUGGAUGCGCCCACCAGGUCUCUAACUUGGCCGAUUCAAUCAAGAUUGCCAUCGACUACGUUAGCCCGGAGAACAUUGAUCGAUGCGCGCAACUGACUCGAGAGUUCCGAGAGCAGAACAAGAGCAAGGUCUGGAAAGAAGACGUGCUCCAACUCAAGUCGAUGAUGUGGUUCGCAUGGCAGUCCUGCAGGAGGCGCGAGAUGAAGCUCAACGGUUCCAGAGCGACACCCUCCUCGUCUUCCACCUCUUCGAAUACCCUCUCUGACGUCACCUCUCAGCAUUCGAUAUGA